UUUAAACUUAUUCAAAAUAUUAAUUAUUUGCAACAUAUUAUACCCUUUCCAUUCAUUAUUCAUUUUAAAUAAAUUAAAUAAUUUUUGGCUCUGACAAAUUCCAUAUAUUUAAGCUACGACAUGAUAUUAAAAAAUGCCUAAAGUGAAAAAGAAAUCUGCAAAAUCAGGGACUCAUAAGUGCCCAAAAUGUGAAAAGAAAUUUUCGGAUAGUUCAGGUCUAAAUCAUCAUCUUGAAUUACAUGUAGAGGAUCGUCUUCAUGUAUGUACUGUAUGCAAUGCUACAUUUAAAACAAAGAGGUACUUAAGCAGGCACAGAAAGGGUGUUCAUAGUGAACCUGAAGAACAUGAAUGCAAGGAUUGUGGCAAAAAGUUUCAUUUUAAGAGUUCACUUAAUCAGCAUAGGCUGGUGCACACUGAUGAAAGGCCUUACAAGUGCAAGUGGUGCAAUAAAGGCUUUAACUCCACAUACAGCCUGUCUAGUCAUAUCCUAAUACAUAAGAAUUCAAAACCAUUCAAGUGCAGCUUUUGUGAUUAUGCGUGUCGUGACAGCUCAACAUUGAGAAAACAUGAGCAUAGACAUAUAGGCCAAGUAACUACUUAUAACUGCAAGAUAUGUGAGAAAAAAUACAGCCAAAAACGACUAUUAGAAUUUCACGUGGCCAAAGAACACUUAAAUAUUGACGUGAACGUAUUACCUUGCGAUAAAUGCGGAAAGAUGUUUAGGGAUAAACCUUCGCUGAAGGUGCAUGUUCAAAAAAUUCACAAACGUCUCUACGCCGUGAAAUGUCCCGUGUGCGGUGUUACAAAAAGUUGCAAACAACAUAUGGAAGGCCACCUGAGAUCACACCUCGACGAACGACCGUUUUGUUGUACUUUUGAAGGCUGUGCGAAGGCUUUUAAGGACGCGAGGGCACUGAAUCUCCACGAAUUCCUCCACUAUCCGGAGCGCUAUUUGAAAUGUAAAAUUUGUGAUAAACGCUUCUCGCGUCGGUCUAGGUUGGACAGUCAUAAAAAGCAGCAUUACCUCGUUAAGCAGAAAUAUGUUGUGUGUGAUUAUUGUAAUGUCAGAUUUUACUCAAAGAAUUACCUCAUAAAUCACAUAGCCAAAAAACACUUAUAUAAAAAUAAGUACAUAUGCGAUACAUGCAACAAGGAGUUUUGUACAAAACCAAGUCUCAUUGGACAUAUUAUUGCACAUAAUUCAGAAACGGACAAGCAGUGCAAACUGUGCAAGAAGUCAUUCAAGAAACACAUCUAUCUUAAAAGUCAUUAUUGGAAUACACAUUGCAUUAAAUAUAAGAUGACGAGAAAAAAUGUGAAAAUAAAGAGGACUUCAAUGGAUCAAGAAAUAAAAACGGAAGCUGCUGAGAAAUUUGUGAUUAAGUCGGAACCCAUGAGUGAUACAGACGAAGAGACGGAAUACUCGAAGUCAGUUUUGGCUGAAGAUUUAAAGGCUUCCGGCAACCAAAUGAACAUCUUCUACGACAUACAGACACUGGACAGGAAUAAAAUACCCAAAAUCAAUGAUCCGCGGAUAAAUAAAAAGCUAAAAGAGACUGUUAAGACAAAGAUCAAACGGUUAUUGCAAAAAGCGCAGAGUUUGAAGGAGAGGUGUGAUCUAGAGAGAGCGAGAAGGAGAUAUAACAAGCGAAUGGAGAAUUUUUUAAAGAAGGAAGAUCCACAGACUGAAUUAACAAAGACCGAAGUCGGAAAAAUUUCUUGUGAAAGAGAUGAAAAUGGAAAAUUAAAAUUCAACGCUCAUCAGUGCUAUGUUUGUUUUACUCUAUAUAAAACCAAAGAAGAGCUGUUAGAUCAUUGCCAGCAACAUUUUGACUUGUGCCACACUAAAAUGUUACGGAAGUGCCCUCUGUGUGACCACGUGUCGAGCAUGACACUCGGCCGACAUCUACUAAGAAAACACAAAAUUAAAACCAAACUUUACACUGGCAACAUUAAAAAUGAUGGGUCUCAAUUUUAUUAUGACUUGAAUGGUAAAAAAAUUGAUAAACUAGAAGUGAUACCGAGUGUGAAAUUAUUGAACAGACAGGCUUAUAUCGAUUUAGACAGGACAAAUCGCGAGAAAAGAGAUAAAGUUAUCGCAAAAACAAAAUUGGUUAAAAAAGGUACAGAGUGGAUUGUGGAAAAGGAGAAAUUGAAUAUUAAAAACUUUAAAAUACCGAAGCUAUCCGAAAUAAAUUCGUCGAUGAAUUUUGGUGAGGAUCAUUGCGCGCGUAUGAAAUCUUUAAGUGUUGCUACAAAACAAAAUGGCGGCAAAAUGUUAUAUCCCUGCGACCGAUGUGAAAAAAUUUGUCAGACCUUAAGCGCGUUAAAGCUACAUUAUCGACGACACGAUCCAAAUGCCAAGCCAUUUAAGCCUAAAGUGUGGAAGCAUAAAUUAAAAAAUAACUAUAAAAAACCGAAUAACAGUAAUAGUGAUAUAGUCUGUGACAAGACAAAGAGAUAUGUCAAACCUAAACCGAUAACAACCAAGCAUAGAUGCGAUCCAGAACUAAUAAAAUUUUAUGAAAGCAAUAUAACGGGUGACAAUAUAGAGUUCUGGCAGUUUCUUAAAAUAUACAAUCGACUGACUAGAGAAAAUAUUAAAGAUUUUUCGGAUUUAGAACAUAGAACUGAUUUCGGAAUCCAGCCAGUUUCAGAUGUGCCGAGUGGAACUAAUAACAAUAAUAGGAGCUGUAAUUACAAAAUAACUAAAGAUGUUGGUAAAAAGAAAAUGAUACCACAAUUAAAAGUCUUACGACAUAUCUUAAUAAGCAGGAGCGAGUAUAAGAAAAGAAAUGAAAUUAAAGCAAGAUUAAGACAAAAACUUGUUGUGGAAGUAUAA